GGCUGCUUCCCCCUCCCUCCGGCUCGUGACAACGAAGCGGUCGAGGUCCCCGGUGGCGGCGGCGGCGGCGGCGGCGGCGGCGGCGGCGGCGGCGCGCUCGUGGAAGCCGGCCCUGCGACCCGCCCCCGCCCCGCCUCCGGGCUCCGGGCCCCGGGCCCCGGCCGCCGCCCGCUCGGUGUCUCCGUCCCGACCGUUAGUCCCACGCGGGUCCCGGGGCCGCCCCGGAGCUGCCCCGCCGUCGGACCCCAGCGCGGCCUGGACCCCGGCCCGCGAGCGCACGGAAGGGCCCCCCCGCCUCCGGGGGCCCCGCCAGCGCCUCGGAGCCACCUCCCCCGGGGCGCCCGCCUGGGGUCCCCGCCCGGGAGCCGGCGCCCCUCCGCGCCUCCGGGGCGGACUCCGGGCCAUGGGCUGCGGCUCGGGCCGGCCGCCCGUCGGGGGCCGAGGCUCAGGGGCCGGCCGCUAGCCCCGGGCCGGCAUGAGGACGGCCGCGGGGGACGAGCGCGGCCCGCGGGGCCCCAGCCGGAGCGGCGCCCGGGACAAAGAAGCCAUGCAGUGACACCUGCUAAGACUUGUUGGUAGCCAUGUCGGAGCCCCACAGGGUCCAGUUCACCUCUCUCCCCGGUCCUUUGAACCCCGCGUUUUUAAAGAAGUCCCGGAAAGAGGAGGUCGGGGCAGCAGAACAGCAUCAGGACUCUGAGCCGGCGGCGGCAGCUGUCCGCAUCACACUUACCCUCUUUGAGCCAGAUCACAAGCGCUGCCCAGAAUUCUUCUACCCAGAGCUGGUGAAGAACAUACGAGGAAAGGUGAAAGGCCUUCAGCCUGGAGACAAGAAGAAAGAUCUCUCAGAUCCUCUCAAUGAUGAGGAGAAGGAAAGGCAUAAAGUGGAGACCCUUGCACGGAAGUUUGAAGAAAAAUAUGGUGGAAAGAAACGCAGAAAAGACAGAAUGCAGGACUUGAUUGACAUGGGGUACGGUUAUGAUGAAUCCGAUUCCUUCAUCGAUAAUUCUGAGGCGUAUGAUGAGCUUGUUCCUGCUUCUUUGACUACAAAGUAUGGAGGAUUUUAUAUUAACUCGGGGACCCUGCAGUUCAGACAGGCAUCAGAAUCAGAGGAUGACUUCAUUAAAGAAAAGAAGAAAAAGUCCCCAAAGAAGCGGAAGUUGAAGGAAGGUGGUGAGAAGAUAAAGAAGAAGAAAAAAGAUGACACAUAUGACAAGGAGAAGAAAUCGAAAAAGUCCAAGUUUUCCAAAGCCGGCUUCACAGCCCUAAAUGCCAGUAAGGAGAAGAAGAAAAAGAAAUACUCUGGGGCUCUGAGCGUGAAAGAGAUGCUGAAGAAAUUUCAGAAGGAGAAAGAGGCUCAGAAGAAGAAGGACGAGGAGCACAAGCCUGUGGCUGUCUCCCCGGCUGAAGCUCAGGGCCUGCGGGAACUGGAGGGCACCUCGGACCCUUUGCUGUCUCUCUUUGGCUCCGCUUCAGACAAGGACUUGCUCCAGGCAGCCUCUGCCAUGGACUCACUGACAGACUUGGACUUGGAACAGCUGCUCAGUGAGUCUCCAGAAGGAAGCCCCUUUCAUGAUAUGGGUGACGAGAGCGACUCCCUCGGCGUGGGGCUGGACCAGGAAUUCAGGCAGCCCUCUUCCCUCCCCGAAGGCCUGCCUGCGCCCUUGGAGAAGCGAGUUAAGGAGCUGGCUCAGGCUGCUAGAGUUGCUGAAGGAGAGAGCAGACAGAAGUUCUUCACCCAGGAUAUUAACGGCAUCCUGCUAGACAUAGAGGUGCAGACGCGAGAGUUGAAUAGCCAAGUCCGCUCUGGGGUGUAUGCCUACUUGGCUUCAUUCCUGCCCUGCAGCAAGGACGCUCUGCUUAAGCGCGCUCGGAAGCUGCACCUCUACGACCAGGGAGGUCGACUGAAGGAUCCUCUCCAGAAGCUGAAGGAAGCAAUUGGCAGGGUAAUGCCAGAGCAGAUGACCAAGUACCAGGAUGAAUGCCAGGCACACACCCAAGCCAAGGUGGUGGUUAAGAUGCAGGAAGAGGAGAAGGACAAGGAGCAGAAAGAACGGAUUUGUUCUGAUGAGGAAGAAGACGAAGACAAGGGGGCCAAGCGGGUAGCAGGACCCCGGAAGAAGUUCCAGUGGACUGAUGAAAUCAGGGAGCUGCUCUGCCAAGUGGUGAAGAUUAAACUGGAGAGCUAUGAUCUGGAGAGGAACAAGGUCCAGUCUUGGGAGGACUGCGUGAAGGCGUUUCUGGAUGCUGAGGUCAAGCCUCUCUGGCCCAAAGGCUGGAUGCAGGCCAGGACUCUGUUUAAGGAGAGCAGACGAGGCCACAGCCACCUGACAUCCGUCCUGUCCAAGAAGAAAGUCAUCGCCCCUUCUAAAAUCAAAGUGAAGGAAUCUGCCGUCAAGCCCGAGAAGAAGGUCUCUGUCACAUCAGGCCAGGCUGGCGGCCCCCUCAGUCUGCCUUCGGAACACCCGGGAGGAGGCCUAAGCUCCGGGGCUGCGAGCAGGGAGCUGUUGUCCCAGGUGUCUGGCAACCUCGCCGGCCCCGCCGCCAUCAGCCUGGAGGACUCGCUGGACGGAGACCCGAUCCACAGUUCGGCUUCCUCGCUGGAGGCCGUGUCCAUGGAACUGGCCGCCUUCAAUAGCAGAGCGGGUGGUGGCUCGGAGUUCCCGCUACCCACGCCCGCCAAAGCGCCUGCAGAAAAAGGCUCAGGCGUCCUGUGUGCGGAAGAGAAGCGGAACUUGUUGAAGCCCAGCCCUGCUGCCCCUCCAGCCUCUAGCCCUCUGCAGUCGCCCCUCAACUUUCUGGCUGAGCAGGCCCUGGCACUGGGGCAGACCUCUAAGGAGAAGAAGUCAGAGAGUUCUGGCUACAAAGAGCUGUCGUGUCAGGCUCCCUUCAGCAAGGGCCUGCUGGAUGCGCACCAGCCCAAAGCCAAGCACCACGGCUUGGCACGGACGCCUCACGGAACCCCGGCAGCCGCUCCUGUGCCCGGACCCCCCGUCAAGGUCUUUCACGCCGGCGCUCAGCAGCAGAAGAGCUUCUCCUCCCCAGCCCCGCUGGUCAGCAAGCUCCAGGGCCCAAAGGCACCCUCCCCACAGUGUCACCGGCCCUUCCUCCAGGUCGCGAAGACACCGGCCAAAGGCCAGAGCUUCCACCCUUCCACGCCGGCCUCCUCGGGAGGCACCCCCCCCAGCAGCAGCUCUCACAAGCCCCUCGCCUCGCCCACUGCUGCCCUGAGCCAUCCAACCAAGCAGCACUCGGCCAGCUCCGCGGGGCCUUCCUACAAGAACAGCCCCUUUGCUGGCUCCAUCUCCAAGCAUGGGAUCUCCCCGGGCAGCUCUUCCUCUGCGGGGGCAUCCGUCCAGGGCUCGGCUUCGGGCGGCCCACUCCCCGGGGUGCAGGCUCCCUCCACGGUGCAGUCUGCCAGCCGGCCUGUCCCAGGCUCUGCGGCGAAAAAGCCAACGGUGUCCCAGAAGCUGACCCUUGUGGCUCCUCCCGGAGGGCCGAACGGAGACGCCAGCGGUGGCACCCAGGGAGUGGCCAAGUUGCUGACCUCGUCCCUGAAGCCCAGCACUGUGAGCAGCGCCGCCUCAUCCGCCUCCUUGCCGAAAGCGACAGGGGGGACCGUGGUGCUGACCAGCUCCUCCCCCUUGAACCUGCUGCCCUCGUCCUACAAGACGGGUAGCCCCAAACUGCCCGGGCACAUGGAGAUCAUCUCCCAGUUUCCUCUCCACGUGCUGUCCUUCAGCACCGAAUCCUCUGCUAAAGCAGGGGUCUCCAAGGAUGCCAUCGUCACAGGCCCUGCGCCCGGGACCUUCCACCACGGCCUCGGCCACAGUCUCCUGGCUGGCUUGCACCCCAGCCCACCCCGCGCAGCGCCUCUCCCACACGCUGCCGUGGCCGCCCACCUCCCGCAGAGUCUGCCAGACAUUGUAGGGCUGCCAGCAGAACAUCUCCAUUCCAGCCCGAGCGUCUCUGCUCGGAGGCAGUCGUGGCAAGGUGUGUGGCGCUGUCCGCUCCUCUCCGCUGUGCGGCUUGUCUGUGUGAGAAUGCUCACCACGCUGGGGCUCCCACAGCAGCAAGCCUCACUGGUGGCUGCCGUGAACACUGCUGGCAGCAGAUGCUUCUCAGCUUCAUGGGAAAGGGUCCGGUGUACCACGGAAGUUGUGACUUCUUCAGAGGAAAGACCUGGCUGACAUGGGCCUGGAGGCAGCUGACUGGGCUGAGCUAGUGCAUCUCAGCAAGUCAGGUACCCCUGCGCUCUCUGUCCAGGGCUAUACUCCGGAAAAGAUAUGAGUGCAAAGCGAGUGUCCUUGGCCCUUGUGACGUGCCUUUGGUGAGGGCAGUAGCCCCGUGCACCUCUGGGCCCUAAGCGGCCUGGUGCUCUGGCCGUGUGAUUUGUGGACACUCGUUGGAGGGGCAGCUCUGAGCCGGGUGCACUUUGGGCUGUGUAGGGGGAGCUCUGCCAACAAGGCAGAGCUGUUGGCACACCUGUUUCACCCCUGCCUGGCUGCCUGGCAUCUGGUCAGAGUACCUCUCAAGCCCACCAUCCCCUGUUGGGUCCCAGGGUGUGUCCAUCCCAGCUGGAAACCUGUCCGGGCUGCCGCCAGAGCCAGGAAAGAUCUCUCUAUCUGUCCUCCAAAGGACACUCUGAACACCGAGUGUGGGGGCCGGUGGCUAUUGACUGUGACAAUGAAGCCCUGUGAGAGAAAGGAAAAAAAAAGAAAAAACAAACAAACAAAAAAAACCUUUGUAGAUUCAACUAUUGUGGUAGGGUUUUUAAAGACAUAUUUUUGGCUCAGUUUUCAUCAUUACCAUUAAACGCAUUGGAUAGAACGGGACUGUUCUUUGCACGUCAUGUUAUAGGAAGACAUACUUCCAGUGCCUUUGUGGUGGUGCAGAGCUAGACAACACGCCAGUCAGUCCUCUGAGUGCAUCUCAGAUGAAGACCUUUUUUAAAAAAAGAUAAUGUCUGUAUUUAAGACAUAGCUGUUUCAUUUCAUGGGUUUUUACGGUUGCACAUCCUAAUCUGUGCCGGCCUGACGUGAAGGUCACCGGGGCUCCUAGGUCCCAGGCCCCAGUUCAGCCAGGGUCCCUCUUUGUUGUCCCAGAGUUCAUGCGGGCAGGCUGCAGGGCCCCAGGACCUGUAUCUUCAUCUGUCGGAGGGCCGAGGGUACCAAGGUUCCGAGUUGCAGACAGACAUUCCAGUUCGUUAGAAUCCUCAGGCAAAGCUGCCAGACAGGCCUCUCGGUCCCAGGGGCUCCAGGCCUUGGGGGCUGCCUGGGGUUGCACAGUGAGGGUGAAGCCCAAACUCGGAGAGCGCGUCAGGCAGGCCAGGGCUGACUCCCCUGCCUGGCCACUCACCAGGGGCUGCUUCAUGAGUUUCAGGACAUGGCCCGCCCUGUGGAGCCUGGGCUGUAGGUGUGUGAGCCAACUGCUUCAGUGAAGUGAGUGCAGACGUGCUAAGAGGACGCUCCGUCCUCAGAAUGUGCACCUGUGUGACCACUCACUCACACGCCCAGGGUCCCUUGCUCAGUCUGUCUGCUUGCUAGGGACCAGCUCAGCCACCCCAUUUUUAUUUUUGUUUUUGAACAGAAGAACCAACAUGUGUUUCACAUUGGGCUAAGCAGAUUCCUUAUCCCUGUAUUAUAUAUUUUUGGCAACUUGGGUUUCCAGUUUGUUUACAGAGUAGUCUUAGGUAGUAGCAGAAGAGCCAAAGAAGAGAUUUGUAUUGCUGAGCUCAAAGCCGAGCAGAGGCCUCCCGUGAUGGCUGAGCUGUGGGGAUCCCCCAGGGUUCUCUGCCCGAGAACACUGCCCCCCUCCCCCGUCCCUCCCCCUGACCAGUGAGCGCACAGCUGCAGCUGGAACAGAAUUCCCUCCUUUUUAGGAAUCUAGCGAUGCCUCUUGCCUCAGGGAAACGUUUCUUUGAUGGGGAGUUUGUGGGAUUUCUUUUUCCAGUUGAUGCUUUAUCUGUGGGAAUCUGAGAGCGUGAGUGACUUGGCAGCCAUGGCAAGGCAGGUGGGCUGCAGGGCCCACUUCUGGGUGAGAUGUGAGGGGGGAAUGUGAAGGGGCCGUGGCUUCUGGGCGGCGACUGUGUCGCUGCUGGGGGUGUUGUGGAAAUUGUUAAUCUUGUAUAAAGCAACUCAAUAAAUUGUUUCAAGGUUUCCAGAA